CACGUGAAGGACAUCAUCCUGCAGUCCAACCCGCUGCUGGAAGCCUUCGGGAAUGCCAAAACUGUCCGGAACAACAACUCUAGCCGCUUUGGGAAGUACUUUGAGAUCCAGUUCAGCCGGGGCGGUGAACCCGACGGGGGGAAGAUUUCCAACUUUCUGCUGGAGAAGUCGCGGGUGGUGAGCCAGAACGAGUGUGAGAGGAAUUUCCACAUCUACUACCAGCUCAUCGAAGGGGCGUCCCAAGAGCAGCGGCAGAACCUGGGGAUCAUGAGCCCGGAUUAUUACUAUUACCUGAACCAGUCGGACACGUACCAGGUGGACGGCACAGAUGACCGCAGCGACUUCCAUGAGACAAUGAAUGCCAUGCAGGUCAUCGGCAUCCGGGGCGAGGACCAGCAACUGGUGCUGCAGAUCGUGGCGGGGAUCCUCCAUCUGGGAAACAUCAGCUUUCGGGAGGAAGGCAACUACGCCCGUGUGGAAAAUGCUGACUCCCUGGCCUUCCCUGCCUACCUGCUGGGGAUCGACCAGGACCGCCUCAACGAGAAGGUCACCAGCAGGAAAAUGGACAGCAAGUGGGGCGGCCGCUCCGAAUCCAUCACUGUCACCCUCAACGUGGAGCAGGCAGCUUACACCCGGGACGCCCUGGCUAAGGGGCUCUACUCACGCGUCUUCGACUUCCUCGUGGAGUCUAUCAACCGGGCUAUGCAGAAGCCAUACGAGGAGUACAGCAUCGGGGUGCUGGACAUCUACGGCUUUGAAAUAUUCCAGAAAAAUGGCUUCGAGCAAUUCUGCAUUAACUUCGUGAACGAGAAGCUGCAGCAGAUCUUCAUAGAGCUGACCCUGAAGGCAGAGCAGGAGGAAUACGUGCAGGAGGGGAUCAAGUGGACCCAGAUCCAGUAUUUCAACAACAAGGUGGUGUGUGACCUGAUAGAGAACAAGCUGAACCCCCCUGGGAUCAUGAGCGUUCUGGACGACGUCUGUGCCACCAUGCACGCCACCGGCGAGGGAGCGGACCAGACCCUGCUGCAGAAGCUGCAGGGCCACGAGCACUUCAACAGCUGGAACUCGGGUUUCAUCAUCCACCACUACGCAGGCAAGGUCUCCUACGACGUGAAUGGCUUCUGCGAGCGCAACCGGGACGUGCUCUUCACCGACCUGAUCGAGCUCAUGCAGAGCAGCGAAUAUGGUUUCAUCAGGAUGCUUUUCCCAGAAAAACUUGAUUCUGACAAAAAAGGACGACCAACCACUGCGGGCUCCAAAAUCAAGAAACAGGCUAACGACCUGGUGAACACGCUAAUGAAGUGCACGCCACACUACAUCCGCUGCAUCAAGCCCAAUGAGACCAAGAAACCCCGGGACUGGGAGGAGAGCAGGUAGCAGAGUCCCCUCGGGAUGUAUCAGGGAGCCCACAGAGCCUGGGGACAGGACCCAGCUGUCCUCCAAAAACCGCACCCCUGGGCUGGUCCCUCUCGGCAAGGGGUGCAGCACUUGCUGCGCUCCGUCAACAUGGACCCGGACCAGUACCAGAUGGGUCGGAGCAAGGUGUUUGUCAAGAACCCCGAAUCGCUUUUCCUCCUCGAAGAGAUGCGGGAGCGGAAAUUCGACGGCUUCGCCCGGGUGAUCCAGAAGGCCUGGCGCCGGCACAUCGCCAUCCGGAAGUAUGAGCAGAUGCGAGAAGAGGCCUCCAACAUCCUCUACAACUUCAAAGAGCGGAGGAGGAACAGCAUUAACAGGAAUUUCGUGGGCGAUUACCUGGGCAUGGAGGAGCGGCCAGAGCUGCGCCAGUUCCUGGCCAAGAGGGAGCGGAUAGACUUCGCGGACUCCAUCACUAAGUACGACCGGAGGUUCAAGCCCAUCAAGCGGGACUUCAUCCUCACCCCCAAGUACUUCUACCUGAUCGGGCGGGAGAAGGUGAAGAAAGGUCCUGAGAAGGGGCAGAUCAAGGAGGUGCUCAAGAAGAAGGUGGAACUCCAGGCGGUGAGCGGCGUCUCGCUGAG